UAUGUUGCUAAAUUUAAUAUGUGUUUUUUUACUGUGUUUUUUUAUCGACGGGGUUUGGAGUCAGUUUGAAGGAGAUGAUUUUGAACCAUACCCAAACAACAAAGCGUCUCAUAGACCUACACAGGAAAUUUUUGAAGAGUAUGAAAUAGAUUACUGGAGAAAAAACGCACUUAAUGCUAUAAAUGAAAGACUACACCGGAAAAUUAAUAAAAAUGUGGCAAAAAAUGUGAUACUAUUUUUGGGCGAUGGGAUGUCCUUUCCCACCAUUUCGGCAGCCAGGGUGUUUAUGGGAGGGGAGGAGAAGAAGUUAGCGUUCGAAAAAUUUCCCCACACGGCUAUUUCAAAGACUUACUGCGUGGACCACCAAACCCCUGAUUCAGCUUGCUCCGCCACGGCAUACCUAUGCGGCGUGAAAGCCAAGCUGGGCACGAUAGGCGUGGGCCCGGCCGUGGUCAAACAAAACUGCACCUUGAUGAACAAAAAAGAGAACCACGUGGACUCCAUAGCCCGCUGGUUCCAGAUCAAAGGCAAAAAGACUGGCUUGGUGACCACCACGAGAGUCACCCAUGCGUCGCCAGCCGCAAUUUACGCCCACACCGCGGCCAGACAGUGGGAGAGCGAUACCAACGUGCUAAAUUACAAGGAAGACCCCAAAAUGUGCGAGGAUAUAGCCCAUCAGUUGGUUCAUGGUGAUACAGGAGGGAAUUUGAACGUGGUUUUUGGAGGCGGAAGGAGGAUGUUUCUGCCCAAGGAGUUCACCGAUGAGGAGGGUGAAGCUGGGUACAGAUCGGAUCGCGUGAAUCUCGUGGAGGAGUGGAAAAACCUGCGUAAAGAUAGAGGAGACGUCUGUGAAUACGUCUGGAACUCUACUGGUCUAGCAAACCUUGCAGAUGAUACAGAGUACGUCUUAGGUCUUUUUGACACCAAUCAUUUACCAUACAACCUGGAAAGGAACAAAACCAAAACACCCUCACUGGUGGAGAUGACCGAAUCCGCCAUUAGGCUCCUCCAGAAGAAGAACAAGGGAUUCUUUCUUUUCGUUGAAGGGGGUAAAAUAGACCUGGCUCAUCACGAAUCCUGGGCAAGGAAAGCUUUAGACGAGACCUUGGAGUUCUCCAAAGCCAUACAAAAAGCUGUCGAUAUAACGAAUGAAAAAGAUACACUUAUUUUGGUGACGGCUGAUCAUGCUCAUACGAUGAGUAUGAGUGGUCACGCUGAAAGAGGCAGCGAUGUUUUUGGUUACGCAGGGCUUGGUAUCGACGCAAUACCCUACCCAAUAUUGAACUAUGCCAAUGGAGCUGGGUAUAAGCCUUACGCUGAAGAUGGUAAAAGAUACCUGCCCAGUAGAGAAGAAUUAAAAAAACUUGACUAUAGAGUACCUUCCAACGUACCCUUACGUUUUGAGACCCAUGGUGCGGACGAUGUGCCCAUAUAUGCCAGGGGGCCCAUGUCCCAUCUUUUUUCUGGAGUUAUGGAGGAAAAUGUCAUUCCUCAUCUCUUGGGGGUAGCUGCUUGCGUCAGCAACGAUAUUAACUGUGAUGAAGUGGAUAAAUUAGCUUAA